UUCAUCUCCGUCUAUAUAAGUGGAUGAUAUACGAGGAUGGGAAGAAUAAUCUUCUGUGAGGCAAAGUUCAGCUGCAGACUGUAAGAUCACGCUGUAGUCAUGGUGUCAAAAACUAUCAUCUUGGUCUUCAUCGCAUUUGGUCACGAUAUCUUAUUGCCAUGCCAUGCCUCUUCGCCCCUGCUGGUAAGCAUAAAAAAAAAUUUAUCAACCGGAUUCCACAUCAGAAACCUUAUUUUCCAAAAUUGUGAAAUUAAAAGUAAUUUUUGAAUAAAUCUAUAAAAAUUCCGGGCAUCAAGAAGGGGUAAUUUGUCUUCGGGAUCGUUCUUUCACGAGUCUGGCGAUGCUGAGAUUACUGCUGUAGAAACUACGGAUGACCCCACAGACUCAAAUCCGGCGACACAAGCACCGCAAGUGCCGUCUGACCCCGAACCUGACCCUGAGGUUUCUCCUAAGCAAGGUCAACGUCGCGGGCACGGUGCAGGGCGUCCUGGACACGGUGAGGGUCAUGACGAUCGGCAUCAACAACGCCGAAGGGGACAUGAUGUCCAGCCUCCAAGAAGAAGGAAUCCAGGCUCAAGACAUGGACACAGCCGCCGUGAUCGAAAAAGGAUCCCUGAAGAGGUUGCGGAAGUUGAGGAAUGUACUACAAUUUAAUAUCCGCGAGGAGAUCAUAACCUUAUUCCGAACAAUGUCAUACUUAUUGCUGUCAGCGGAUUCGAUCAUCGUCAUUUGAAAUACAGUUUGAGCCAGUCAUUUGAUGUUGCAUGUUUGCAAUGCAACAAAAACAUAACGGCUUCCAGAAAACCUGGUAAAUUUGGAAGAAUUUUCGAAAAAAUGAGCUUUUUAGCUCUAGAUUCUAAAAUCAUACCGCACUAUAGCAAUUCAUCAUCAUAAGUCGUGUUGCUGAGGAAAUGGCAAUUGAUUCCUCAAAAGGAGACAAAACAUUUGCAUUAUACAGUAUAUAAUGGCAGACAAACGAGAACCAUCAGCAACUGGCAUCUCGAAAAAUUUCGAGAAUUCACACAAAAGGUUUCAACACGACAUUCUUCUCCCCAUUUCAUGAAUCAAAUUAUACAGAUCUUCUACAUUUUCAAAAUUUUGUCCAUAAAACUUACUUUUGAAACAGCACGUGACAGAGAAAUCCACGUAAUAAAGUGAAACGCGUGAAUUUUACUCGGGAGAAA